AUGUACUCCUCUUUAUUGCAGUACUUUCAUAUUUUGCUUGAUCGUCACUCAAUCGAGGUAUCCCCAGUAGCUGCCCUGACACUUGAAUUGCUUAUAAUAGUGUUGUUUAUGACUUUCUACUGUUGCUUACUUCCUGAUAUGCUAUCUCGUGAUCCUUUCUAUUUGCUCGUUUUCAUUUUCAAGUCCGUUUGUGAAAUGAUUCGUUUGAACUGGCUACUUCGAGGAAAACGAGCCUUUCAGAUACAAUUGCGACAACGAGCAGAGGAUGGUCAAGUGAUGCUGUUUCGGUUUCUCUGUCUGACGCAGUUGUGGUCAUUGACAUCAGCGCUCGGAUGGGCUGGAUGGUCUCCGUGGACAGCCUGCUCGAGGACGUGCGGUGGUGGUGUGUCGCAACAAUUACGCCGAUGUCUUGACAUCAAAUGCUCUGGACAUUCGGUACGAUUUCGGGUCUGUAAUGAAAAGGCAUGUGACACCCUACAUCGGACAUCACGGGAAACGGUAUGUGGCGGUGAAGAGAUUCUUUCUAAGCAACAGAUGAGAACAGAAGAUUUACAAGCGAAGUUGUGGCUAUGGCAUGCGAAGUUGUAUGUAAAUCACGAACGACAGGAAGCCAUUUUCUAUGGCGAAUGGCAGAUGGUGCACCUUGUCAAGCCGAAAGUAAUCGGGCCGUCUGCAGUCAUGGAACUUGUCAGCCAUGAUGACCGGACCGCAAAAGAUUUUGACAUCAAAGAAAGGGAAAUCGUUGGAUCACGGAACACCUUCGGUGAUUCCGGCCUCACAAUUUUGGUGGUCGGAUGUGACGACGUCAUCGGGUCAUCAUUGCGAUACGAUGUUUGUGGCGUAUGUGGUGGUCGAGGUGACAGCUGCGACAGCGCUCAGUUUGUGUGGAAGGAAUCAGGAGAAUUCACCGAAUGUGCCACAUCUUGCACUGAGGUGGCUAAGGAGUUCCAUAGCGGUAAAAAUGAAGACAAUCGUGUAUCCCGAGCCAUUGUCGUCUGUGUGAAUGCGAANAAACGACCGCCAAUUAGAACGAAGCCCUGCCCGCCACUGAUCUGUCCAAGCAGGGUAAAGCGCAGGCAGUUGAAUUAUAAGACAUUACCGUUAUGUGACGGUGGAAACCUUGGACGACGUGGCUCAUGGCAAGACAACUCGCUUCGUGCGGUCGGGACUCCCGCUGCACGACCUGUUUGUGCAACAUGA